GGAUGUGAUGAGCUGCGUUACUUUCGUAUUUGACAUAGCCGUGAGUAAAAGGCGUAGCUAGUAAACACCACAGCAGACGUCCGAGGCUGAAAACACCGAUUGAUUAAACCCGUGCCCCGGUACAUGCUAAGCCUACCGGUGUGUUUGGUUCUCCCGGUGCCGUCCGCGGUUGUCAUAGUGACUGUCAGCCUCCAAAACACCAGAACUGUCGGGGCGUUAGCCAGCCAGCUAACAAGCUAGCAUAGCCAUCAAGACGUAGCAGCAUCAGUCGCAGCUAGCAUUAGCAUUAGGAGCAGAAGACAAAGAUGAUAGCCCUUAUCAACAAGCUGCUGGACUGGUUCAAGGCGCUCUUCUGGAAGGAGGAGAUGGAACUGACCCUAGUUGGGCUGCAGUACUCGGGGAAGACGACCUUCGUUAAUGUGAUAGCGUCUGGUCAGUUCAGUGAAGACAUGAUUCCCACAGUCGGAUUCAACAUGAGGAAGAUCACUAAAGGCAACGUCACCAUCAAGCUGUGGGACAUCGGCGGUCAGCCUCGGUUCAGGAGCAUGUGGGAGCGUUACUGUCGAGGAGUCAGCGCUAUCGUUUACAUGGUGGAUGCAGCAGACCCAGAGAAGAUUGAAGCCUCCAAGAAUGAACUCCACAACCUGCUGGACAAACCGCAGCUGCAGGGGAUUCCUGUUUUGGUUCUGGGGAAUAAGAGAGACCUACCAGGAGCUUUGGAUGAGAAGGAGCUCAUAGAGAGGAUGAACCUGUCGGCAAUCCAGGACAGAGAGAUCUGCUGCUACUCCAUCUCCUGCAAAGAGAAAGACAACAUUGACAUCACUCUUCAGUGGUUGAUCCAACACUCCAGGACUAAGAGGAGUUCCUGAGAAAUGACACAUUCCCAACAGUACAGGCCAAGCCCACCUACCCCAAUACCCCCCAGCUAUCCUCUCUGUCAUCUACCCCUCUUAAUACCGCCUAACCCCAGUUACCUGAUCCCUCUACACCUUUGGAUGCACUGAUACCUCUUUGUUUUUUGAUGAAGUAUCAUAGCAGGUUGAACACAUAAGAAACCAAAGCAAAGCCACGGCUACAGAAUUUCCCCGUGUGCACUGAUGCAGCCAAAAUCAGCACAAGCCCAAAAUGGCCCAAACAAACAACCAUUUUGUUUCAAUAAGCAAACUUUGGGCUGCUUGCCUGCAUCUGCAGAAGGAUCUAGACGGUCCAUUUCUGGUUCUUCAAAGCAUUAUUCAAAGAAGCAUUAUGUAGAGAACCGACCUGUAUUGUUCAUGUAUGAAGGCAGACACAUUAAAACCUGUAAGUACUGUGCAUGAUUGCAUGGUAAAAGACGACUGACAGCAGGAAAAGUGGUAUCUGUGCAUCUUUACAGAUUCGCACAACAGCCGCCAUCAUUACCUGAUUUUAAACGAUCAAAUGUUUUUCAGCCAUUUUUAGUCUUAAUGAUCAGGAGAAGCUGUUAUUUUCGAUUAAUGGCCAUAAAGACACAUGUUAAGCAUUAUUAGCUGGUUAAUGAGCGGCUGUUGUGUGCAUCUUUCCUAAAGAUUUCCCAUGAGCCUUUUCAGCCCCCUCCAAAUGCCAUCACCACAAAUCAUUUAUUUCUUCUCGUCUUUCUCCCAUUUUCCCGUUCUACCUCCAUAUCUUCCAUCCUUCAUAUAAUCCUGAGAACCUCCUCUUCUUCCUCCUUCGUCUGUUGCAAACUGCUCCUCCACCGUAUUCCCUCUCUGUUCCCUUUCUUUUCUUUUGGAUGUUACCUUCGUUCUGUCCUUCCUGGUCACCAAGCCCCGCCCCUCGCCGUCUCCUCUCUCUCUCUUGCGGAGUGAGGAGUUAAAUACCUUUUUAUUGCACUGUUAAUUUUGUUUUUUGUAAGAUAUUAAUAAUGAGAAUAAUGUUAAUAAUCUUAUUGUGACAUAACCUGAUCUGUCCAGACUUAAGGAAAUGGUACUUUAACUGAAGAAGUGUUUAUGUUCAUAUCUCUGUAAUAAGCUUUUUAUUUUCUAUUUGUUUUUUUGCUUCUUUUUUUUUUAUUGUCGUUUUUUUUUUUACUUCAUAAGUCGAAUAUGGUUGUCUAACUAGACUAGUGUUUACUGCUCUGAAAUGUCUGCUGAUUGGACAGCGGGGGUCAUGUGAUUACAUGCAGCUAUCACAUCAUGUUGGCCAAAAUGAAACCGUGUAGUUUGCUUGACUUGGAGAAACCCUCACGUGUCAGAUUUUUAUUUUGAAGCUGAUCAAUUUACAAGUUUUUAUACACAUAUUUAUUCACCUUAUUAAUACCUCACAUCAGAUUUGACAACGUGUUAUUUGUAAUCACCACAAGAUGGCAUCAUAAGUAUCGCCCAUAUUUGUUCAUCUGACUGCAAAUAUGGAUAAAAAAUUAUUUGUCAUUUUGUGCACAGAAAGGUCUGAAAAUGAUCAAAUUCCAUCGAAUGAACAUAAAGAACUAAAGUUUUCAGCAGAAACUGGACAUAAUUGCCAGUUUUUAUUAUUUUAAAAUCCAAACAAUAUUCCUGUUCACUUUUUUAAUAUCCUGUUCAUAAUUAGAAUUAAGUCAUUAUACAAAUGAACUAAAAUCAGGACCUGGUUAAGAAAGUUAAAAAUUCAGUUUACUCUUUAUUUCCAAGUUUGGAUCACACGUUUUGGAAAUGAGUCUUUCACAUUUACUUGCAUAGUUAUAUUUGUGUCUUUUUGGUCAUAGCUUUGCAUAUUAAGUCUUGAAAUUGAUGCGUUUUCUACAAAUCAUGCACACAUAAAUGCACACAUCGUUUCUUUUGACACUUGGGAGCCGUGAGCGUCUACAUAAACUCUCUACAGCAAACGUUUGUGUAUAUAUUGAAAACAACAAGAGGACUUUCUUUUGGGUGUUGCUGGUAUCAAAAUGAUGCUACACAGAUAUCACUUUACUCUUAUUUGUGUAAUUUAUAUUUAUAUGUUCAGUUGGUGCUCAGUUAGCUGGACUUGACCUGCAGGCUAAUGUUGAACCUUUAGGUGCCGAGGCACAGUGUUGACAAGUUAUCAUAUAAUUAUGUCAGGUCACAGAAGGUGGUUGGAAGGCCUCUCUCCCAAAAUGGUUUCCAUAACGUAGCACUGGAACACGCUUAACAUUAACAUUGUUUAGGCAUGCCACGUCACCCGUUUGUCUCAUUUGGAUUUCAUUUUGGUCAACUCCUGUUGGAUCACAUGACAUCCUGGUCCUGGCAGCAGCCAAUCAGACAGGAAAAGGAAGAAGCAUUACGUGUUUGUUCUGUAAUUUGGUUGCUUUGCUUAAAUGUGGUCAGACUGCUUUACACUGUCGCGACGAAUAAGGUUAGUCUGCCUUAAGAUUUUAGGUAAAGCCUGUGUUCCUGUGACACAAACAAAUAGAUCGGUAAAUAUUGUUGAAAUUGGAAAAAAAAAACAGGAUUCAAACAGCCCACUUUGCUAACAUUUUCUUGGAAAUCCAGCCAAACCUUUUUUUUAGAUACCCUGCUAACAACCAGCAACACAAACUAAUCUCAACACCUCUUGUAGCAGUGCAGUCACAGGAGGUCAAGUGGUUCUCUUAAAAGUGCUUGAUUCGUCGAAAACAUCAGUUUUAAUUCAAAAUAUUCAAUUUACAGUCUUAAAUAUCACCUUAAAUGGUGAUUGUUAAGAAUGCUGUUGGCCCAGCUGAAAAUCUCUAGAAUGGAAGUUCCAACAAUAAAAGAUUGUGCUUCCAAGGAACUCCACAGAUCACGGAUCACGUAUGCUUCCGAGAGGUUUGCUUGGUAGACGUAUGACACUGAACUCUUAAAAAUGCCGACUCAGGAAAUCGAGAUUGAAUGUCAGAGGGUGCAAGAUGCAUGCUCCCACGCCAAAAAACUACGACUGAACUCUAGUUUUUAGCAACUCUGUUCAAAAGCCCUGAGAAAAUUAGCUAAGCGCUCCGCACUGGAGGCUUGAGACAGUGCAGCCCUUUGAAGUUGAAAUCCGAGCAACUCCGUGCAAAACUUAGAAGCAUGUGAGGUUAAAGUUAUACAGAUAUUAUAAUCAGUGGUAUCGCUAAAUCUGCAGUUUGGCCUUCUUUAUCCCGACAGUGAAAAGCUGCUUAUUUCUUAACAACCGCCCAGAGCCAGCGAUCUGAAGGAGCUGUGUUCGUGAGCUGGCAGCCCCAGUAGGUGCAGCAUUUUCAUAACCAACCAAUAGUAAGCACAACCAGCGCUAGAAAAGAGAAAACUGAAUCUCCCUCAGCCUCAGAAAGCUCUGUUUGCUCUCCAGCUGCUCCAGGUUUCAGGUUCUGGUGUUUUCUGAACCAGACAACAGUUUCUGACUUUGUCCACUCGAGAUCUAUCAAGCCAGCAAAGUCUUUUCUUCUUUUUUUUUGGUUUAGUUAUUGGAGCCAUCAGACAGACUUAUCUGCAGAGGGGAAUUUACAGUAGAGUCUCUCCGUCUUUUACUUUUUAUUUGGGAAAAUGGACAGUCUAUACCUGAGCAGUGGAGAUUCAUCGUUUCAGUUCCACCUCGGCUCGUAAACUCUGACAUUCACCAGCCACUUUGACUAGUUUACCAGCCUGCCAAGAGUCCAUUAAGACAGAUCAGCACCAUUCAACAACAGCUGUUGGUUCUUUUUUGUCCUUGUUAUUCUGAAUGUGUGAAACUUGAAAUCCCCCUGCAGGUCUGCUCUGAUUGGCUCUGGCCUCUUCUGUUUGCAUGCUAAGGACAGGAAUUAUAUAUCUGUGAGACCUGAUGAUGUAAAUGCAUAUUCUGGUGUAACUUUACCAUAAAAUGGCCUUAAUCCAGUGUGUCAACUUGAGUAUUACCGUCAGAAAAGUAAUGCAAGUGCACAAGGGGAGAUGAAGGUAAAACAGUGCAAUAAAGUAUUGACAUGUGCUUAAAUAUUGUGUUUUUAUGACUGAGGAGAAUCACACAAAGCUUGCAGUGCUUUUCCUACAGGUGAAUACACUGGAAUAUGGUCACUGGGAUAGAAAGUUUGACCUGAUUUUUGCUUUUUUUUGUUUUUUUUUUAUAUAUGGCAGAUAAUCUAGUGAAGACCAGUGAUCCUGCAUGUGCAAAACAAUUGUGCAGGAUGUGUUGUAAAAUGUUUCAUGGUCAUCCUGUGCGCUUGCGUUCAGAAAGCUGUCAAGAUUUUUGCAUAAAUCAGCAGCAAAAACCUGAAAAAUCCACACCCUAAAACAUGUAAAUAGUAACAGUGUUGCACUUUUCAAACCAAGCUUUUUGUUAAUCUUUCAAAAAUUACUGCAGAUACGUGUGCACCCAGUACUGCAAAUCCUCUUCAUCAGGUUUAUAAUUUUACAUUUUUUUUGCAACUUAUUGAAUUUAUUAUAAGUGAAACAGCUUUCACACCACUUCAACCACUUUAAGAGUUGACAUUGCAACCUUCAAGAAAGAGAAACAUACCAAAACAAAGUAAACUAAAAUUCAGCGAUGCCCUAAGGUUUUGGUUUUAAGUGAAGCCGACUCUAAAGAACAAAACGCGAAGCGUCUCUGCUCUGAUGCUGACUGGAUUCUUUGUGCUCAUGCUGCUGAUUCUGUUGUUUUGUGUGUCAGUUUGCACAUGCAGGAUGAUCACAGUGAGACAGCCUGUCAUUUUGAACCUGUUUGUACAUUAUUGGUUAAUUAAGUUGAUAUAAUGUGUUUUAAUAGAAACAUGCUUGUGUAUGAUACUAUUAAAAAUUAAAAACUAUGGCGAAAAGUGA